AUGUGCCAAAUUUACCAAACAAUCACACGAAGUGCAUUACAGACUGUCCGCUUUACCAGCGUGCAAAAACCCGAAUAUUCCGAUGAUGCUUUCAAAAAAAGAGGUGCGGCUUUCGAAUUACAAUAUAUCAGAAAACAAAUGUACGAACAAUUUAAAAAAAUAAGAAACCAAUUAAUGAGACGUAGAGAAGAAACGAUUCAGAAAAAAGUAAAAGAUGAGUUUGAGAAACAGAAGUCCGAUGAUGAGAAGAAAAACAAAUUUGUAACUUUAAACAACUUUAUUUUCUAUUUAAAAUUAAACCCUGGAUACAAAAAAUAUUCUACUGGUUAUUUCACAAAAAUUGUUAAUACGUAUCAAGAGUUACCCACCUCGAUAAAUAAAGAAUGUUCUAAUAAAAGUUGUUUUUAA